GCGCAGUCGAGUUCCGCGUCCCCGAGCGUUGAGUUCAGUCUUAUAAAGAGCAGCAGCAUCCGAUUUCCUGGCAGAGCGGGAAAACCAAUCGUCACGCGCGCCAAGCCAAUUUCAAAACUAUUUUCCAAUAUUAUUUAUUUUUUUUUUUUUUUGCCACACACGGAGUGCUAUAGUUUUUUUGUUGUGUUCCAAGUGCAAUACGGAAGUGUGUCUGACCAGCAACUGGAGUUACAGCGCACAGGAGAGCGGGCUAGAAGGAUAGCAGGAUAACUAGGAUAACUGGAUAACAGGAUAAACCUACUUAUAGAUUCGCAAAUCAAGAUGACCAGCUCGAGGAAUAUGCUACUGAUGCUGCUCCUGGUGGCCAGUGCCUCCAUACUUCAACUGGAGGCCAAGACCGUGUUCCGGCGCACAGACAAGAUAUCGGAGAACUUCAAGCAGUUAGAUUUGCCGCCAGAGGAGAUCGAUCCCAAUGUGGCGCCACCGGAAUCGGAGCCGCCCAAGGUGGAGGAUGUCGCUGAUGUGGCGGAUGAGGUGGUCAAUGCCGUGUCGCCUGCUUCGUCCAUCGACGAGAGUGCCAAUGAGAUAGCCAGCGGUGAUGUGGAUACCCCGAAUGCUGCAGCUUCCGUUGCAGAAGCUGUCGCCCCAGCCGCUGCCGUUCCCGAGGUCGCAGAGGCAGCUGCUCCGGCGGUGGCCACCACUCUAGCGGCCAAGCCUACCACUGCACCGACCACCGCCAAGCCGGAGAAUCCCAUCAGCAAGUUCUGCAAGUGCUCGGAGAGCCACUGCGACUGCUGCCGGAAGUUCGGAUUGCCAUUGCUGCCCAGCGGACCUGGCUGCGCCAAGAUCGCCUAUGUGGGCAACGACGAGAUGAGCGUGUCCCUCAAAUACGGUGGCAUCACCUUGGCCUCUCGUCGCAUCUCCAGCAAGCGGGCUCGCCCCAUUUGCGUGGGCCUGCCCGGCGGCUACUCCAAGUUCUGCGGCAAGGUCUAUGGUCUGUCCCGUUCCAAGGAGUCCAAGGACUUCAAGGCAUGCCUGGCCUUUGAACUGCGCUCCGACGACGAGGUGGAGGCCUCCCUGCGCGUCUCCUGUUUCAAGUUUGGACCGGAAGGAGUCCGGGUGGCCGAGGCGGAGCCGUUGCCUGUGAAGCCCAGUUCGGAUGACGAUGAUGACGACGAUGAUGACCUCUUUGGAUUUGCCGCUGGUGGCGACGAUGACGAGGAUGAGGAGGACGACUAUGACAGCGACAACGAUACGGAUGCGGAUGCCGAUGACGACGAUGACACCGAGGACUAUGCCGAUGAUGACGAGGCCGAGGCGCCCGAGGAUGCUGAUUACGGUGGCUUUAGUUUGGCCGGACUUCUGGACGAGCUCGACGAUGACGACGAUGAGAAGCCGGUUAAGAAGCCAGCGGCUGCGGCUGCGUCAGCGGCUGCUGACCAAACCCGCGAGCAUGUAAUUGCCGAUGGCCAGGUGACCGCGACUACGACGAACGGCGACCAGGUGCAGAGCAAGGACGAUACGGGAGCUCCUGCCGCUGGCGAGGCUGUUGCAGCUGCUGCACCUGCUGCGCCUGCUGCUCCUCUUGCUGCUCCUGCAGCCGCAGCACCGAUUGAGGGAGAAGUGGCCGCAGCGGUGACACCGGCUACCACAGCUGCCGCCGAUGAAGACUCCACCACGCCCAAGUCCAAGAAGUCCAAGAAGGCGAAAAAGAACAAGAAGAAGAAGGCCGCCGCAGAGGCGACGGAUGAGACUGGAUUCGCCUACGAGCUCCUCAAUGGCAUCCUGGAUUUUUUCAACUGAGCGGCCAGCGCGAGUUUGCCAACAUGCUGGGCAAUAGUGUAAAUACCUUGUACCGCCGCAGCUGGUCGACACAAAUUUAGUUCAUAGUUCAUAGGUCGUAGCGCUUAAGGGCCCCCCGAAAUUUCACAUAUUUAUUUCAACUUCGAUAAUUUAUUUUAAAUUUAUAACGAAUAAAAAUGAAAAAUGUACUACCC